AGUGUCCUAUUACGAUAUUCCAUCAGUACACUCACGCUUUUUCUGUUAUGGAUUUUGGCAAGCGUCAAUUGGAGAGAUAUGGAUGGAAGAAAGGAACUGGUCUUGGAAAAAGACGAAAUGGAAUGAGAGAGGCUAUUAAAGUCAAUUUAAAAAGAGAUAAUACUGGAGUAGGUCAUGAUCGAGGAAAAGAGUUCAAAAUUCACUGGUGGGAUCAUCUAUAUAACUCUACUGCUAAUAAAAUUGAAGUUGAAAAUGAAAAAGCAGCCGUCAGUAUUAAAAAAUCAAAUACAAAAGAGACUAAAAACACAUAUGCAUCAAAGGAGUUGCUUUAUGGUCGAUUCAGAAAGUCUGGAACACUGGUAGAUGGUGGUAUGAAAAAGCUUGAGAAUAAGCUGGAUUCUACAUCAUCAUCAUCAUCAUCAUCUUCGUCGUCAUCUUCAUCGUCGUCAGAUGAAAGUGAUGAAGAUCUCGAAAUGAAGUGCGUUAAAAUGAGCACUUUUGAAUCGUGUAAACGAAGAACAGCACAUCCAGGCGGACGCUUUGGAAUUCGAAUGACAGGGAAGCUUAAACGCUUAGAAAUGCAAGAAUCCUCUAAUAAAAAGCCAAAGUUGUAGCUUAUUUACACAAAAAAAACCAUAUACUUGAAGACUUAAAAAGUGGAAAUGCAUAUAAAUUGUUUCGCAGCUUGAUGUUAUUUAGUCAAGACAAAUUAACGCUAUCGUUUACCUGUGAUUCAAAUUUCGAUGAAAACUUAAUACAAUGCAGCGUGUUACAGUUUGUUCGUGAAUUUUUGAUGAUUUCACUAUUUGUAUUAUUAGGCAAUUAUUUGAUUAUUACAUGUACAAAUAAUAAGAACUUUAAAUCGACCUAUUUCUUUUUAACUAAUGAAAUUAGACAACAAUCCUUUUUUUUGUACAGCUAAUUACUUCUCUUCUUUUCCUGUUGUUUGUGAAUAAAUGUUAAUUAUUCAUUUAUAAAUUUUACCAUUCAUACUAAGCCGACAGUGUUAAUGCUGAUAAAAUAUUGAAUUUUCAGAAUUCAAUAUGUGAUAAGAACAAGACAAUGUAAAGUGUUAAUAUUGUGGCUUAAAAACGCUUAUUAAAAAAUCAUUAAGAGUUAUUAUUAACUUGCAUUGUAUCUUGUUAACUGUAAAAGACUGGUUUGUUGAAUAAGCCUUUUUUAGUACUACCUGCAAAAAAAAAUAAAGUUAAAAAUCUUUCCUAUAGAGGAGAUAGCAUGGAUGAAAUACGCUGAAAAUGAUUUAUUACAUUAGUAUAUAGUUUUGUUCAGAAAUUCAAUCGGCUUUAUUCAAUCAUAAAUCCUAUUCCUAUUAUAGUAAAAUCACUUUACAAAAGAGUUUUUUUUAAUCAAUAGACGAUG